GGGUUUCUGAGGCCGAAGUGUUUAGUUCUGCGUAAAAAUGCUUUUGAGCGUGAAGGAUUAGAAUAUUAAAAAGGAAGCAUGGAAAAGUGCUGUUACUGGUUUUCAUGUGUGCUGUUCAAGUUUCAGGAUUAAAUGGAGGGUUCUGUCUUUGGGGGACAGGUUUUCUGAGAGUUUAAGGCUUGAGCGUUCUCAGAAAGUUGAAACUGCAGGAAAUGUUACCCACUCAGUCUCUUAAAUCUAUGUUGCUAAUGUAUUAGGUGGCCUCAGACCAGUCACUUGGUCACCGCUGAUUGCUAUUUAAAAAAAACAAAACAACCAAAUCCCAAAUCUUCAUUCGCGAAGCCUAGCCAUGAUGAUUUAAAAAAACCCAAGAACUUCAAAAGGGUAGAUUUUUUCGGCUCUGUAAGUUAAUGGAAGAAGCGGCGAAUGACAACUAGUUUUAACGUUCACAUAUUUAUUGGUUUGUAAGAAGUUGAAGUCUCGUGGCUUUGUAUUUGAGGCUUCAGUUUGCAAAAUUAAUUUGAUAAAAAUGCAACAUGCAUUCUGUGCUGUAAGAUGACUUGAUGGAAGAUUCCACUUGGCCAAGUCUGCUCUGUGUCCACAGAGGUCCCUCAUGCAGCUGGACAGGAAGCCUGUGCCACCUCCACAGAGCAGCUGAUCAUGCUGUGCUCUGGAGUGGCAAGAGCUGAGGACAGUUUCUGGCAUUUAAGUGCCCCUCGUGUUUGAUAGGGGGUACCUCUUGCUGGAUAUCAGUGGUAAGGAAAUUCCUGUGGUCUUAUUCUUCCUUUUGCUUUCUCUGAUACAGAGAAAAGGUAGAAUUAACCUGCAGGAUUAGCAUGAAGUGACUUUUGUACUAAGUGGAAGGAAUUUCUUUGGGAAGUUUUGUAAAUUUUUGUUGUAUUAGUGCUGCUUAGAUGUGAAGGAAAUGUUUUGUAGAUUAGUUGAGUGCAAGAAUUUUAAAUUAUCUUGUUUGAUGUUCUGUGAGAUCUUUUUACCGGCUGAUUGGGGUGUUAUUUUGGUAGAAUACAAUUAAAAAUGCAGCUUGGCCUAGGAUUUGCAAUCUUUCUGGUUCUGUGCUAUCACUUUUCUUUGUACAGAGCUCAGUUUUGCAGCCUGCUAUGCUGGUUGAGAUCCAGUAACCAUAUUACAUUAUAUAUGUUUGUUUGAUAAUUGUGUACCUUUUAAAAGCUUUUUAUUUCUUAUUUAUUUUAAUGCAUCUAAAAUGAGGAAGGCUACUAGAUUUUCACUAGACUAGAAAGAUGAGGUGGUAAAUGAUUGUGGAGAGUAACAGCUUCAGAUAUUGUUCUGGUAUUCAUUUGGAUGGAAAGAUUGUUCAUGUCUUUCCCUUAUUCUGAGAUGAGGGUGUGGGAUGAAAAGGGGGAAAACAAACCUGAGGUGUGUUACUACUAAGUUGUGUAGGGAUAAAGAGCAGCCAACAUUCUGUUACAAGAUGGAUAUUCUAUUUCUUGAAGCUGGAGCCAAAGUACUUGACACCUGAUAUUUAGCAUGUGAAAUGUUCAAGAGCUUGUACAAAUAUUAAUGAAAUACCGUGAAUUACAUCCUAUGAUAAGUGGUGGAGUACUUGAUCAGUUGUUUAAAAAUCACUUGUGUGUGCCUUGAAUUAUGUCAGUAGGAUAAAAAAUGUUUUGUUAGGUGGUUAGUAGAUUAGGAGUUGAGCUGUUCUUAGUGUUCACUUGAGUGUAAUACAACCUGUUUGGCUCAAUGAGGUGUAAAAAUAAGGGAGCAAUAUGCGUGCUGUUCAGUUUGCUGCAAUAUGUAACUGCACUUAGUGGUUCUUAAGACAAAUAUGUUUGCCUUUCAGGACUUUCUGUAGUAGCUGCUAUCAGUCUUGCGUGGAGGUGUCCCAACAGAAAGACUGUUAAGCGUCUAGAGCUAAUAUUUGAUCCACAUGCUACACUUCCACAAAUAUUUCUCAAAAAGCUCAUCUUCCUUGAUGGCUUGAAACUCAAGACUAAACUAGUGUUACUUUAAGAGAUUUCUUAUCUUGCAUUCAGUUUCAAUUAGUGACUUUGAGUACAGUUAAGCUACCUCUGAUAAUCUCACGUAUGAUAGCAAAGGUCUUAGUGCUAUGCAUGAAGGCAAGUUUUACAGGAAUAUUUCUGCAUUUGAAAUCAUUGCAUUCUUAGUUCAUGAGACUACCCAAUUUUUUGGUCUCAUGGUGGGUAUUGUGCUGUGUUCGAUCGAUUUUAUAUAUAGUAUGGUAAGCAUUGUAUUUAAAAACUCUUGAGAAAUCAUGUAUUGUUUUUGCAAGUGUUGUUUUUAUCCUUUUGUUUAUGAGGUACCGUACUGUAUCUGGUGCCAUUUAGAAGGUAGUGAUUAAGUCACUGUGUGCUAUAUGGCAGUGAAAUCUUUGGUACUAUUUGCUUUAAAUAAGCACUGAAGAAUUCAGAGUUUCCAGGAAGAGCAGGUGACAGGCUUCUGAUGCAAGUCAGCAGAGUAUCCAAGACUUUUGCUGCAUAACAAGGCAGUGCUGUGUGUUCUUUUUGCAGCGGAGCAUUACUAAGUUGGUAUGUGACAGUAGCCUUACUAUUGCGGGCUGGCUCAGCACAUGUUUUUGUGUAUAGCUUUUUUGUGCUGGGGAACAAGGCCUCAAACACGGGUCUUGCCCACAUUGCAAAACAGCUUUGGCACAGAAUAACUUUUCCCCUGAGGUGUGAGAUGUGCUCCAGGGCCAGCAGACGCAGGCAGCAAAGGAGGGGCUAAGUUGGAAUUGCCUGUAUUCAAACUUCAGCUUGAAACCUUCCACUAAGAGAUGUAGGUUAAAUCAUUUGAAAUCUGAUAUUCUUCAGCGUCCCUCCUAAAAUUCCUCUCAAGGAUGGUGGGAAUUGAACCUAGGGGAAAAAAAAUCAAGAGGCAUGUCAAGAAGGCUCUUCCAGGUACAUGAGGGCAGGUGGUGAAGCAGUAAAUGGUGCUGGUAGAGUUUUGCAUGUGUGUCUGGAAUAAACAAAACCAGUCAGCAUUCUGCUAACUGUUGUGGACAUAACUAGGAUCAUGUUUAACCCCUCAGCUAUGAUUCUGGUGUAAUCAGGUUUUGUUUCUGUAACAAGUUUGCACACAUGUUAGUGUGAUAUUAAUGCUACUUUUCCUUGGCUAGAGUAGUGAUAAGCAGAUUCAACUUUACACAUUUUUACCUCAAUAUAUUGUCUCAAAGUCUGUAAGCUAGGAAAGUUAGGGACUUACUGGUGGACUGGCAGUAAUUCAAUAAAGGGAAACAUGAUAGAAUCAUGGAUAAUCAUUUUGAGAGAGGUUAAUUUUCCAUAUUUAAAUAUACACCUAUACUUUGUACACUCAGCCUCUCAGAGGCAUCUCAUUUCUUAAAAUGCCCUAACCAAAUUGUAGGAAUGUUCAUAGCUUGUAAAGUAACAUUUUUCUUUUAAAAAAGUAAAUCCUUAUACACAUGCAGUUCAUAUUCAGCUGUGUUCAUGCUGUUAAUUGAAAGGCUGGGGAAGGAAAAUGGGACACAUGAUACAUACUGUUGAUGAGCUUGCUAAGCGUAAGUCACAGUACCAGGAAAGUAAUCAAGUAGCAGGAUACAGACAUUGCUGCAAUGUCAGGUGAAAAGUAUAUUUUGCCCUCUGACACUUAAGUCUGUGCUUGCUUUGUGUUACUCAUGCGUGUUAUUCAUCAAUAAAUAAUGUUAUCCUAUAUUUGGCUUCAGCAAUAAUACCAGUAAUGUGGAAAGCAAGGUAGUUACCAGGGCUGUUUUCUUUCAGAAGACAGGUACAGUUAUCCAGGCGACUUAGUCCCUUCUGCCACAUUAGUCUGGUGUAACAGCCUGGUGGUGUUGUAAAUGUUAUGUAGCAUUCUUCAGCUUCAAAAAUGAACAGGAGCAAUUGGACACAGGGAUAUGUAUUGUAUUCCAGGUGCUAAGAUUAAAGUGUAAAAAGCACUUCCCCUGAUAAAGUAUGGAAGUGGCACUAAUUGAGUAGUCUGAAGGGGAAGGCAGUUUCAGUGUUCAACGAAAUGGCCUUGUCAUCAAACAGUACUGAACUUUACUGUUGCUGUUGAGAUGAAAUUAGCUACAAGCUGUGUGUUUAAAUUUGUUAUUUUUUGUUGAUUUCCUUGUCUGUUCCAGUUGGUUAAAGGUCUUGUCACUGACAGGGUUUAAAAACAGGAGCUGGUCCUAUUAGCUGCAUCUUGAGGUUAACUUAGAAUUUCUCCCAGGUCAAGCCCAUAGCGACCUUUGAUGGGUAUGCUCAUUGCACAUUUGGAAGGAUUUUAUUCUGGCAGUGCCAGAUGAAGAAAGACAAGGCUGCUGUUAGGCUUACUUGACUUAUGACAAAUGAACAGAAUUCUCUUAGGUUAGGGAGAGUUUCCUCCUUUUGUCCUCAGAAGUUGCUUUAGUUAGAAGACAAAUCAGUAAGUUGAGUGUAUUUGUAGUGAGUCUACGUUCACUGCUUUUAGAAAACUUGUGAUGAUUACUAUGUUAUAAAAAACACUGUGAUUAACAACUUUUUUUUAAGUAUUUCGUCUGUGUUUCUGAGUAAGGAAAGUUGGAGGUUCAGAUAAGCAACUCAAGCUUGUUUGUUUUUACUGGAUGUUUUGGGUUUAGUAUAAGAAUAAUGUUGAUAACACACUGAUGUUUUAGCUGCUGUGAAAUGAUGCUGACCCUAAGUCAAGGAAUUUUUGAUUUCCCCUGCUCUGCCAGCAGGUCAGUUUGAUUGGUGGAUAAAGAGGGACCAUGGCAGGCAAUAACCAGCUUUGCAUUCGACGUUGGACUACCAAGAAUGUGGCCAAGUGGCUGAAGGAAGAAGGUUUCUGUGAAUAUGUGGAUGUUCUGUGCAAUAGACAUAGGCUAGAUGGAAUCACACUGCUGACACUUACUGAGUAUGAUUUACGAUCCCCUCCAUUGGAAAUCAAGGUCCUGGGGGAUAUCAAGAGACUGAUGCUGUCCAUACGCAAACUGCAGAAGCAACAUCUUGACGUCCUGGAAGAGCUGGGUUACAACAGUGACAGUCACCUUGGCACGGUGUGCCCAGCUGGUUCCCUGCAGGGUACAGAUUGGUUUUGUAAUGGUGAAGUACCCCGGGACUAUGAUGGACUCAUGACUGACCUGAAUGGUGAUCAGUACCAGUAUGCAAACGGAAAGAACAAACACGCCACACGGAGACUGGACCCCGAGUACUGGAAGACAGUUUUAAGUUGUGUGUAUGUUUUCAUAGUGUUUGGCUUUACAUCAUUCGUUAUGGUUAUAGUGCAUGAGCGAGUACCUGACAUGCAAACAUAUCCACCUCUACCAGACAUAUUUCUAGACAGCGUCCCUAGGAUACCAUGGGCUUUUGCUAUGACUGAAGUAUGUGGAGUAAUUCUUUGCUACAUUUGGCUGUUGGUUCUUCUGCUUCACAAACACAGAUCCAUACUCCUGCGCAGGCUGUGCAGCCUCAUGGGGACAGUGUUCUUACUACGUUGCAUUACAAUGUUUGUUACCUCACUCUCGGUGCCAGGCCAGCACUUGCAGUGUACUGGAAAGUUGUAUGGCAAUGUUUGGGCAAAACUUCAGCGGGCAUUUGCAAUAUGGAGUGGCUUUGGAAUGACUCUGACUGGAGUACACACCUGUGGAGACUAUAUGUUCAGUGGGCACACUGUCGUCCUGACCAUGCUCAACUUCUUUGUCACAGAAUAUACGCCAAGGAGCUGGAACUUCUUGCACACCUUGUCCUGGGUCCUGAAUCUCUUUGGAAUCUUCUUCAUUUUGGCUGCACAUGAACAUUAUUCUAUAGACGUAUUCAUUGCCUUUUACAUCACUACAAGACUCUUUUUGUAUUACCAUACGUUGGCUAAUACUAGAGCGUAUCAACAGAGCAGGAGAGCAAGGAUCUGGUUUCCAAUGUUUUCUUUUUUUGAAUGCAAUGUUAAUGGUACUGUUCCCAAUGAGUAUUGCUGGCCCUUUUCAAAACCUGCCAUACUGAAAAGGUUGAUUGGCUGAAGACUACGUGGGUCAGUUCAGAUUUUUAUGAAGCAUUAUGGCUAAGAUCCUGCAGGGCUAGCUGGGGGGGCGGAAGACAAAUAACACUUUUCACUCCAUGAUCUCCUCCUCCUUGCCUUGUUUCUUAGAUUCUUAGCCAUAAAAUGGGGUUCCCAUACUUCACAGGGAUGUGCUUUGUUUUCUUUCUGUGAAAAUAGAAAACAAUGCAGGGACGGGUACAGGCUAUCAAUGAACCAUGACUAUAAACCAGAAUACUUUUACCCUUAGUAAGGUUCCGUGUGAAUGUUUGUGGAGUUUAACCUAAAUAUGUGCUUGCGUUGAAUAUAAUACACCCUUUACAGGUCCAAAUAAUCUCUGUUACCUGAAUGGCAGCCUUUAGGUAUACUGACUAAAAAAUUAGAACUUUAUGAAGUCUUUGACAAAGCAGCAUAGUUUCUUGAUGAAAGGGUCUCUUAACUGUUAAAUAACAAGUCUUAAAGUGUAAUUGACAGUCUGCAUACAGGUUGCCAAAAAUGAAAGUCUGCCUUGUGGCUAUGCAGUGAUGACAUUUUUUUUAAUAAGAAUUUAUUUAGUCUAGUCUAUCAGUUGUCUAUAUGGUUGUUCUAUCACUUGAAAGUUUUCUCUUUUGUGUUUAAAUGAGUUAAAGUAAAUGGAACAGCCACUGAAAGUAAAGAUAACUUAGCUUUAGUGAGUUUAAAGCCACAGAGUAACUUUUGUGUGGUUUUAAUUGCUUUAUCUUGAAACCUGUGCAUGCUUUUCAGGAACAGCUCUUUCACAUUGGAAAACCAGAACAAUUGUCUUCGUGUAUCUUACUGUCCCAUAAAUGGAUGGGAAAAAUGCAUGUAGUAACUCUUUCGGGAAAAGUAAUAAUAGUGAGUGUUGGAUAUAGUGCUCAUAUUGAUGUAUGUUUUAGCACUCUGGUGUCAACAAUAUGGUGAAUAUCUCUAGAUAUAUAUAUAUAUGCACAGUAUAUUUGUUUAUAUAUAUAAACACACAGUAUAUGUUUUUCUAACAAGUUUGAAAAGAGACUGGUUCUUAAAUUAAGUUGCUCAUUUACUAUCCUGAAAGAGAAAAGUACCAAGGUUUGCUUGUUAAAGAAAACAAACCACAACCCACAACAAAACAUCCUCCAAACCCUCAAACCAACACUCCAAGUCUGUAAUGCAUAAGCAAGGACACACAGCUGGUGAUCUGUUAUGCAGUGGAUUGUAAGGGGACAAUACUAAUGUUGGCUAUAGAGCUGUAGGCUGUUGAAAUCAGAUUUAUGCUAAAUGAAAACUGAUAGGUACAAGGUACAGAUCAUAAAAGUGGUAUAGACCUUUUAAUUUGAUUAUUGCAAUUUCAGGAUACGUGAUAUAUGCAAAAGGUGGUGUAAGUCAGCUUUAGUUCAGUUCCAUCUUGGUACAAGCUGACUUAAUAAGUGCAACGUUACUUGUGUGUGCAUGUAAAUGAAUUCACUUGGAAUUUGCCAGACAGUUUUGUAUUCGGAGGUUUGUAACCUACUGAGGGCUGCUCCUUGCUGUAUUGUGUUCCUUUUAUAAACCUCGAUUGUACUAACUUGACUAUCUUACAGUCUUCAUAGUAUAUUACUUUUGUAAAUUACUUUAGCUCCUGUUCCACAGAGGAAUUGUGCAUCUUGAAGUACCUCUGCCAACUGUAUUGAGCACAUGUACAUUGUACUAUUCUGCAGACUUUUAUAUUUGUAACAUUCCAAUUUUCUACCAAAAUUGCAGGUUUAAUACUAUAUUGUUCAAUCUGCCAUAGCCUGGUGGCUCUUGCCAUCCAAAUUGGGGGAGUAUGCUUACACUUAAGAAAAAAGGAGAAAAUAUUUUGAAAUAUUUAAAUACUUGUCAUUUGCUGUUCCUAACUUUCUGAUUUCAGAAAGGCAAUUUGAACAUUCCUCUUGAGACUUUAUAAUGAAAGAGCUCUAUUUGUUAAUUUAUUUGCCUUUGCAAUGCACACACAGUUAUGAAUGCUAUUUUUCUAAACUCUAGGAAACAUCUGUUCUCAGAAUGUGCAGGAUUGUAUCCUGAGUUAUAUGGAGAGGUAUGCAAUUAAAUUUGCAAAGCUGUUGAUUCCGAAAAUAACCAUCUGAGUGCUAAUUGGCAUAGCUGUGUCUAAACUGAAAAAUUAUUUUGCAACUUAGACAUGCACGAGUUUUCAAGUACAGCCCAGUGUAGCAAUGUUUACAUAAAGUAAAGCUAUCAUUUCAAUACUACUUUUUUAAAAAAUGAAGUUCAUAUACUUUGAAACUUAAGGAUUCUCUCUUUGUUCUAAUUUAAUUUUUCAAAGUCUGUUAAGUAAAUUAUGUUUUAAAUCAG